AUGCUCACCGAAUUGCCUUUGGAAAUCCAGGUCCGGCUCCUUCAGCUUGUCCCCGGCAGCCUGCUCAAGUACACCAACUCGUACUUCUACCUUUUGUACAAUGACCUAUUUUGCGACAAGCUCGUGAGGGUCUACGGGGACGAUGCACUUGUCAUACUAGCGAAAGUGUACCGAUGGUUGCGCACAUACAUAAAGUCCUUGGACACUUUCCGGGCCGAGUCUCGGCACGUGAUAUGGUCCAGGCGGAAUUUGAGCGACUGGGCUUCUGAGACCGGGAAAACCGGCGGAUCGGUGUCCCCACAAGAUAUGACCCAGGCCCAGUAUAUUGCCGACUCAUGGAGAUACGUGUACGCGCUAUUCCGGAAUAAGCGCAUGUUCGCCGAAUACUCUGACUACAAGAUCGACGAGCCGACAAACUACGUGUACAACCAUUACGUGGAGAUAAAUCGCACGUAUCUUCUCUCAUACUGCAAGACCGCGUGGCUCGCGCCAGGCCGCUACAACUUGAACAUUGGGCUCGUAGUCAAGCAUGGCAGGGGACUUGGCACGACGAAAUUCGAAAUCAAGUACCGAACAGCCGAGGGCGACGACACGACUUUGACGUUCAAUCCGCCGACAAACAUCCGCGACAUCUUGCCGAAAAAGCGGUUCUGCUUCUUGAAAAUCGGCGAGUUCGAGAUCCCUCCGCUACCACAGGACACCACGCUCGCUUCGUCUCCGUACCACCACCACAACUUGUACAAAAUACAGCUCGUUAUGGAAGAGAUCGGGCUUUACUUGAAGUCUGGCUUCACGAUUUUUUUCAUUGACAUCUCGCUGCCGUCCGUGAUCUUCAACGACUACGACCUUCUUUUCUACUCAUGCCAGGAAACAAACUACAAGUACUUCAUCAACUUGCCGCUCAAGAAUCUCUAUAAAGCACUCAAUUAUGUGCAGAACGGAAGCGACGAUACCUAUGACAGCAUUGAGCCCUACGGCCAGGCCAAUCCAGAUGACAUCGAGUCCGAGUACGCGCAGGACUACGACUUGGAUCCGCACCUCAAGUUCGCUAGCUCUGAUGAGCAGCUUUUGGCGUACGCGGACUUUUUCUUCAAAAACACCUUCAACAAACGGCAGUUCAAGUUCAACACCAUCUAUCAAAGACGGCAGUUCGUGAACAGGUUUGGGGAGUUUGAUCCCGAAGACGACGAAGAUGAGGCGCGCAAUGUAUGCACCUACGACAGGGAGGGGCUCAAGUGGCGCAUUCCUAUACUCGGCGAGCUUUGA